GUAACAUCAAUUUGUCAAGGUGAGUUAAUAUCUACUCUGUCACAUUAGAUCUCUGCUUUACUCACUUUUGAGUAAAGCGUGUUAUUUACAAAAAACUCAAUGUUGUGAUAGAUUGCAUCAGAAAGAAAAACAAAGUCACAGGAGUGUGUUGUGUGCCAACCGGUAAGCCGGCGGAAAACCUGCGGAAACCUGGGAAAAUGGAUCAAGUUGAAGCAGCUGUGGACCCGGCAACCUUCCGGCAACUAACAGAAGAGAAAAUCAACGAUGCGUCGUUGAUAUUGCUAGGUAACACCGAGCUUAUCAACCUCGGUGUCAAGCAAGGUCCUCGAAUGAUUAUACUGAAGAUCAUUGAGGGCCUUAACGCAGCAGUCAAUAAUGACGAAGGCAGAAAGAAGGAGCCUGGUCCGCCUGGUCUACCGUCAAAGGAGGUUUGCCGAAGGAUGCUUGAAGAAAACAGCAAGUUCAGACUGAACGUUUUACUCCCUGUACUGGAUAAGGGUCUGGUGCCCGAUGACAAGGACCUUCGAUUUCUUAACAGGGUUGCAUGUAAACCAUUUGAGACAAGGAUUGAACGCGGUGGAAAGUAUCCUUCAGCAGAUGAACAGGAGCGACUAGCGAAAGAUUUGGUAGAACUAUUUCCACAGCUCCAGUACAAUUCUACCAGACCUGAAGGUGCACCAAAUGAGUGGAUGUUUUUCUGGAGGAAGAACGGAACAGAAAAAGGCAAGCACAGUGGCUUGAUUUAUCAUCGUGUGCGGAACGUAAUCAAAGAGCUUCCAGCUGAAAUGCAUCUCUACAGACGCACAACUGCCCCUAGACAAGUUCAUGUUCCAACUGAACUUCUGCAAAAAGCUGAGGCUCUGCGCAUCGUGAUAGCCACUAAGCACGAAAAGAACAGGAUUGCUACCGAAAUGGACGAAUGCUUCCCAUUGUUGAAGUUGAUGCUGGCCGAAAACAAAAGCCCCACCGAAAUCAUACGAAUGUUUCCUCACCUAGUGGCCUACAACGGAUACAUAAUUCAUAACUCGUUCAAAAAACUCUUUCCUGCUGCUGAAGUGAGCCCAGAUUACAAAGGAGUUCUGUCGAAAUGCCUCCUGUACUCUCGAGAUAAGUUCGAGCGAAUUGAAGAUGGUAAAUUAACAUUCAAAGAAAAUAAACAAAAUGAAGCAUACAUAUACAUACUGAUUUUUUUUUUUCAUUUGUGUCUAGAGUACAUUAAAGGAUUUCUUCGAAUGCUGUACCAGUUACCUGUACGAGGUCUUAAGAGGAAGAUUGAUGGAACACCUGCGGUUUCCGAAGAACGUAUGGCAACACCGCUUAUUCGUUGGGUAAAAGUAAGUUGUCUCUAUUUUGAUCUGGUAUUUAAUAAGUUGUAGUGAUCAACUGUUAUCUAAUUUCAGCCCAUGACUAACAACGACGACGAUUUGGCUGAUCAUGUGCGGUCAUUUCUACAAGUAGAACCGCACAUAGUUUGCAUGGCUCAGCCCCUUCAAAUGGGGCAACUGUUCGUCGUGAUGAACAA